AUGACCUACCUCCUUUGGAAGUAUUUGUUCUUCGGUAAAAGAAGAAAACGUUACAGAAGAGAACAUCAAGUUUCUGGUCCAACUUUACAAGAACAACCUCUUGAUCAUGUCGACCAAGAUGAUGGUUCACAUGAAUAUACCUUAGUAAAAAAACGCAGACAACCAAGAUCUGUUCCAACGAGAACGAAAAUGCCAAAAAAACAGGGCGUUGGUCGCCCUGUCGGUCGACGUACCAUUAUUGAUAUUCAUUUAGAAGUCUUAGAUGAAUGUCAAAAAGGGGACAAACAAUUGGUUCGGAAGGACUUUUUUGAAAUUUUGGUUCAAGAAUUUAUGGGAAGUGAAUUUAUAAAGGAAAAAAACGUUCCUAAUGUUAAUGUUCCAAAUGAAGAGAUUCCAAGUUCAGAUUCCGGGUUUGCGGUUCCAGGUUUAGGGUUUAGGGAGGAAGACUUUCUUCCUAAGGGAAAUGUUCCUAUGUAUGAUAUUCCUAAGGAACAAAUUUCAAGUUCAGAUUCCAUGUUUAGGGUGUAG